UUCAAACAACUCCCGAGACGCAACACCCAAUUGGAUUUCGUUGGAGUGCGGUCUUCGGGUAGAGAGAUCAAUCCGGAUCCAACCUAAUCAGAUAUCUCCGGGAAGAAAAAGGUGAACGAACAAUGAUUGAGCAGAAACCAAAACAAAAUUAAAGUCGAUGUUCAUGUGAUAUCUUCAGAAUAUUUGAAGAAAUUCGGAUUAUAUUCGUUUCUUUAAGGGCUUCGAAAUCGUGUAACAAAAUCAAUGGCGGAUUGUGAUUGAGCUGUAUAAUAUGCUUCCCCUGCGACUGCCAGCUUUUCGUGUCAGUAAAACACUUUUGGGGUCUAUUAGGGCUCAUGCAAUGCAGGUUUCGACAUUGACACGACCAAUCCAACCGCUUCGGUGCUUCCAAUGGCCGCUCAGACGGAGCAGUCUCCUUGCCCUAAUUGGAGGUCACGUGGACUUCAAUUGGAGCUGCCCGCUCGGCUCUAGACAAGUUCUCGCCCUCAUGGCCUACGCUUUUCGCUUGGAGCGAGCUGCUAGAACUAAACUCCGACAAAGGGAAUCGUUUUUAUUUUAAUUGGGCUAGACAGAAAGGAACUCAAGUACGAAAAUUAUUGAGGUGGAGGAACUCUUGAAGGGAAUGUUUUAGUACCCAUUAUCAUGGAGAACUUUGAAUAUCAGAGUUCAUGCAUCAUGACGAAUUUUGACAACAUUACGCCGACAAUUUGGACUUGUUUAGCGUGUAAUUGCGACAGGAGGGUCAUAUAUGAAUCCCAAUUCACUCAAGAAAACGACCCAUCUUGGAAAAUGGAAAGUUCUUUAAUAUUUAACUUUUGGACAGGGAAGAUUCUAAUGGAGCUUCAACUUGAGCUAGCGCUUUCUAUAUCAGAUCCCACCAGAGGUUUCGACCUGAACAGAAAUGGCUGCGAUGGGAAAGAUAUGUUUGGUUCAGAUCUGAGGAGCCGUUGUGCCGAAAGCAGUAGCCAACACAAGCGUGGAUUUGAAGAUGCUUUCUGUAAGAGCAAAGACUCGUCUAAAGAGCUGUCUUUGCUGCUGUGGAGCGGUCAACCAAACAAGGAAGAUGAUGACAGAAAGGACACCAACCAGAGAAGCUCUUGUGCCAUUCACUUUAAUGCUAGAGAAGAGAACAAAGUUGUGGGGUGGCCACCCAUUAAAUCAUGGAGGAAAAAGCACCUUCAUCAGCUGCAACAGGAUGGCCUAGGCUACCAUUAUUGGAUGGAAGAGAAUGAAGAUGAUGGAAUAGUUUUCAACCCAAUAUAUGUGAAGGUGAAGAUGGAGGGGGUGCCAAUAGCAAGGAAGAUUGAUGUGGGGCUGUAUAACUCUUAUGAGACGCUGAAAACUGCCUUGAUCAACAUGUUUGCCAAUUCUUCUCAUCAGAAGUGUGGGAAUGAUAAUGCCAGCUUUACCCUCACCUAUCAGGACAAAGAAGGAGAUUGGCUGCUGGCAGGCGAUCUUCCAUGGCAGACUUUUCUAGAGUCAGUCCAGUGCAUGAAGAUUAUGAGAAGACAACCAUCAAACUAAUGCAAUAAAACUUUAUGAGGUUGCUGCCUUUUUCUUACUUCCCCUCAUAUCAUUUAUAAGCUAUGUGAUUACCAAAUAAAAGGGGGAGGAGAGAGAAUUUAGUUAAGUUUGUUUACCACGUACGAUUUGUUUGUUUAUUGAGUUCAACAAUAUGUGGAGAUGAGGAUUCGAACUUUCGACUUUUAGUCAAUGAUAUAUGUCUUAACCUGUUUGAGUUCAACAAUAUGUGGAGAUGAGAAUUCGAACUUUCGACAUUUAGUCAAUGAUAUAUGCCUUAACCUGA